UCCUCCUCCGCUCUGUGCACUGUAUAUAAACUUGUGCUGGUUACCGAUCUUCAUUACAGAGGUAACAGGACAUACCAAACAUCAAACAUUUACAGACAGAGCAACAGUCGUACAAGAAAAUGAAAACACUUUUGGUUUUGAUGACACUUGUGAUAGUAGGACACUGCCUUUUGGAAGAUAUUUUGGGGAACAUACCGGAAAAUAAAAUAUCGCUCGUCACAAAAAGAGGUCAUGAAAAUACACUAAAUUUUUUGUAUAGGAUAGCUGAUAAUGAUAGGAAUGGUCGAUUAUCAGCUUCAGAAUUGGCUCAAUAUACACAACCUAAUCACGGGAAGACACCAUUACAGAAUGCCAGAGAGACUAUUCGACUCUGUGAUACCAAUAAUGAUCACGAGUUGACCAAAAGAGAAAUGCUGACAUACUUGAAUAGUGUGGGAAAUUGAGGAACGAACGGCAUUAUUUGUUGUAAAAACUAUUUGAUUUUUAUUACAUAUUAAAGAUGAUCACAUAA